CACUAGCAGCGGCACGCGCCGCACACUCUCACAAGCCCGGCAGGCGGUGGUUCGUACGGUGCGUGCUAAGGACUGAGGUGCUCGAUACUUCGGUCACCGCAGCUUCUUGAACUUUGGCUUAUCCCCCGGAAAUCAGCCGUGGGUCUCCGCCUGGUACCGCGGCCAGGCUGUUUCCUGCGCGCCCUUUUUUUUCUUCCGCGCUGUAGUUCUGUAAGACACCGCUGCCGCCGCCGCUUCGGAAAUCAGAAGGGGUGUGUUUCGGUCGUCCGUGUAGCUUCCUAACCGGCUAACCGCUUAGCCUGUGAUGUCCCGCGUCUACAUUGGUCGCUCCGGUGUUCCCGUUUGAAUCCAGCCCUAAUGUGACCGUUACCACGAUGAGUUAUUUUCUGCCUCGGACUGUUAUUUCGAGUUUUACAAACUAACGACGGCGGUCGAAUUUCCCCGUUUUCCUUUGCUCUCACUUGGCUCUCCGGCUAGCUGGCCAUUUGACACAUCGGGUUAUCAUUAUUAUUUUUUUUUGGAUCGACGACGUCGAUUGACUGAAUUGUACAAAAUGUCGGAUAAUCAGAGCUGGAAUUCUUCUGGAUCCGAGGAGGAUCUAGAGACGGAGUCCGGUCAGCACUACAACGAGUUUAGCGGGAUCCUUAGCAAGUGGACCAAUUACAUCCACGGGUGGCAGGACCGCUGGGUGGUGUUGAAGAACAACACACUGAGCUAUUACAAAUCGCAGGAUGAGAGGGAGUACGGCUGCAGGGGCUCGCUGUGCCUGAGCAAGGCUGUAAUCACGCCCCACGAGUUUGACGAGUGCCGACUGGACAUCAGCGUCAAUGACAGUGUGUGGUACCUGCGGGCGCAAGACCCAGAGCACCGGUCCCAGUGGAUCGAGUCCAUCGAGCUGCACCGGGCAGAGUCUGGCUACGGCUCGGAGUCCAGCCUCCGUCGCCACGGCUCCAUGCUGUCCCUGACGUCAGCGGCCAGCAGCUACUCGGCCACCUCCGCUUCUUCCUUUAAGAAAGGUCAUAGCCUGCGUGAGAAGUUAGCGGAGAUGGAGACCUUCCGGGACAUCCUGUGCAGACAGGUGGACACCCUGCAGAAGUACUUUGAUGGCUGUGCAGACGCGGUCUCCAAAGACGAGCUGCAGAGGGAUAAAGUCGUGGAGGACGAUGAGGACGACUUCCCCUCGAUGCGCGUAGACGGCGAGUUCCUGCAUGGCCAUAACGGCGCCAAGGAAAAGCUGUUUCCAGUUCUGAGUUCCAAGGGGAUAAAUGGGAUUGAUUUCAAAGGAGAAGCGAUUACAUUCAAAGCCACCACUGCCGGCAUCUUGGCCACCCUGUCGCACUGCAUCGAGCUCAUGGUGAAGAGGGAGGACAACUGGCAGAAGAGGCUGGACAAGGAAAUGGAGAAGAGGAAAAGGGUUGAGGAAGCCUACAAGGUCACCCUGUCAGAGCUGAAGAAGAAAUCUCACUUUGGGGGUCCUGACUACGAGGAGGGUCCAAACUGCCUCAUCAACGAAGAGGAGUUUUUUGAUGCGGUGGAAGCUACCCUUGACAGACAGGACAAGAUUGAAGAACAGUCCCAGUCUGACAAAGCCAGGAUACAUAGGUCCAGUCCAGUGCUGCCUGCAGACAUAUACUCCACCAUUGGCACCCACAGGUUCGCAGAGCAGGUGGAGGAGAUGGUGCAGAACCAUGUGACCUACUCCCUACAGGAUGUGGGUGGGGAUGCCAACUGGCAGCUGGUAGUUGAAGAGGGCGAGAUGAAGGUGUACCGGAGAGAGGUGGAGGAGAACGGCAUUGUUCUCGACCCGCUGAAAGCUACCCACUCGGUUAAAGGGGUGACGGGUCACGAGGUGUGCCACUACUUCUGGGACACCAAUGUGCGGUAUGACUGGGAAACUACCAUUGAAAAUUUUAACGUGGUGGAGACACUUUCUGACAGCGCCGUCAUUGUCUAUCAGACACACAAGAGGGUGUGGCCUGCAUCCCAGAGGGAUGUUCUCUACCUGUCAGCCAUCCGCAAAAUUAUGGCCAGCAACGAGAGCGACCCGGAAACAUGGCUGGUCUGCAACUUCUCAGUGGAUCACAAGAACGCCCCGCCCAACAGCAGGUGUGUUCGUGCCAAAAUCAACAUAGCAAUGAUCUGUCAGACUCUGGUCAGCCCACCAGAGGGAGACAAAGACAUCAGCAGAGAGAACAUCACAUGUAAAAUCACCUAUGUGGCUAACGUGAACCCAGGAGGCUGGGCACCAGCAUCUGUACUGAGAGCAGUGGCCAAGAGGGAGUACCCCAAGUUCCUCAAGCGUUUCACCUCCUACGUCCAGGAGAAGACUGCCUGCAAGCCCAUCCUUUUCUAAGCCUUCCAGGCCCACGAAGAAGCCCCCCCCCCCCCCCGACUCUGCCGUGGAGCGACAGACUGACUGCACAUUCCCGAGCUGCCGGACCUCCAGCAGCAGAGGGCACUAGGCCUCCCAGCCCACCUCACCCCCUACACUCAGAGCCAAAGCUGCAGUGGGUGUGACUCCAACCUCCUUGCGGCUUCUGCCACUUCCUGUUUCGGCUCUGCAAAACCGUGGCAACACCAAAGCCUCCUGUCAGCCACAUGUCACUGUGCAGCUGCACCAUGUCACCUUUGUCUCUGUAAAUAUGUUCUUUUGGUGAUUUUUUUUUUUCCCCUCGUCCUUUAAAUUCUCUGUGAAUAAGCCAUGCUCUUGUAAAUCUGUUUAAUGCUGCUAAUUUUUCUAAAAACAAAAAAACAUCAAAAAGUGGAUUGCUUUUGCUUUCUCUCCUCCUUUUUCCCUUGAAGUUUUACAACUGUGACGAACUUGAGGACUGUUAGUGACACCCGGUGUUCCUUUCCCCCGGUGAAGGCGAUUUUUCUCAGUCUGAUGGGGGAACGAGAACAAUCAUGUCUUUUUUUUUUUGUAGCUCAGCUGUUCAUAUUUCUGCCGUUUUAGUGUGCGUGUGUGCGUGCAUGUUUGUGUGCGUGAUAGAAAUUUAUUUCAAAAAUAGAAGAUGGGUUAAAGAACUUAAACAUUGGUGAUAGUGAAUCUGAAAACUUGACAAAUCAACAAACUUGAAUGUAGCUUUACACGUAUUGAGGGGAAACAACCGAUCUGAUUAAGCAACACAGCUGGUCAUAGAACUGUGAGUUGCUUAGGAUUUUAAGUGUGCUGUGAGGAACUGGGGCGGUCUUCUGACCACUGGAUUAAAGUAUGCAUCCAUUUA